UCUAUGAUGUCUGUCUCUGUUGAGAAAGACGAGUGUAACCGCGGAAAGGCGUUUACAAGGCCAUUUUGGAUGGAUGGAUCAGAAAAAGUCGCGUUGUAUGAUGGCUGUAUGGUGACGGAGAGGUGAAUCUAUGGUGGUGGUGGUGUUGAAGUUGUAAAAAAGACCGGAUGUCAAAAAAAAAAAAGAGAGAGGGAAAAGAGAAGCGCCAGGCAGCGAAGGGAAACCAGGCACUUCUUAAACCGAGUACCAUUUCAUGGACACCAAUCAGCGUUGUUCUGCUCCCCGCCUGUCGCUCUAACCGUCUGGGGACAAGCGCACUUUUGGCGCGGUCAGCAGGUGUGAGUCAUAGGGCCUAUAGAAGUCCUCAUUGGGUGCACACCCUCUGCCGGUGGGGCCGGUCGGAGCCCCAGGCAUUCCCGUGCCUGGAGCAGGCAGUGAGCCUGCGAAGUCGGUUGACGACGGCGGUACCGUCCAAAUACCACCCUUUACCGUCCAGGUACACUGGCGGGGGAUGUCACUGGCCAGUAUCCCUCUUCACCUCCACCGCCAGAAUGCAGAAUGGAAAAACGAAAGAAAAAAAAAGGUCCCAGGAUCCAGCCUGGAGGAUGGUCGACGAUGAUGAAACCGGUUCAUCCACCGGAUCCAUUGACCAACCACCUCGCAGGGUCGGGGUCUGCAUUGGGAGAAGCACAACAGUCUCAGCUGUGCCCCCGGGCUGUCUUUUGGGGGCUGAGCAAGAGCCUCACCCUCCUGUCUCACCUGCUGUGCCUGUUGACUGGACUACUCACCUACUGUUAGAUAACUUAACAUAGUUAAUCUACUGAGUGCUAGGCAGACAACUCCUGCAUACGCAUACCUAACCAAUUCCCUCUGUACUUACGGUGCACAGUGCUCGAGUACCGUACUGCUUCCUGCCUGCGGUCGGAGUUUCGGAGAUCAUUUACUCGAUUCACUCCCCGCCCUGCAGAGGACAAGCCCCUCCUUUGC